AUGGAGUUUAUUCUUGAUGCAUUCGACUCCUCAGCCUCAACACUCAAGGCCUACUACGAACAGCUGCAGCAGCUGGGAGAGGAAGGCGAGGAUUGUGACGUCAAGAUCGAUGCCCUCCGUGCGCUGCAUGAUUGUUUCGUGUCGCAUACGGAGAAGAUGAGCUUCGAGUUGGAUGUCCUCCAGACCGACGAGGAGCGAGAGGCUGAUGGCAUUGAAGAGGAGGUGGCCGAACUGGAGGCGGAGCUUCUGAUGCUUACACAAAUUGCACAGGGCUGUGAUGCCGGCGGCUACCGUUUACCUUUCCCAGCUUGUGACUCAUUUCAAGUAUACGGGGCCUUUGCAACAAAACUUUGUGACUUUGUGGCGAAGCUGACGGUCCUGCGCGACGCCAUGCAGGGGUUUCUCUCGCACCCGCAUCCGUUGGAGACAGAGAGUUUAUUCCACAUCACAUGGUGCGGCGUCACGAGCGAGAAGGCAUGGGCAGAGAAGGAGAAUGAGCUUCACGCGGCUUGGGACGUGUUGGAAGCGAAGGCUGGGGCCGUCGCCGUGACGUCGCCGGGCUCGUCGAUAGAAGCUGCGCGGGGUCUCCUUGACGAGGUGAUGGCUUUGGGAGGGCGCGCCGUUGACCGCGUGGCGGAUUUACGGCAGCUUUGGGAAAGACGAGAAAAGGUGGUGAAACAACUUGACGGCCAGCAGCGUCGUCUUGUCGUCUGGUGCCGCCAGCAGCAAGUCAACCUUGAUGCCCUGAGCGACCCGGACCACAUCCAAGAGUUCUGCGCGUCGCUGUUGGAGCACUACAAAGUCAUGUCGAGUAAUUACCGCGUUUUAUUAGAGUCGGCGGAGCCGUUUUUGGACUGCGAGGCCGUGCAGGAAAAGUUGCUGGAGGCAAGCGAGACUUGGGUGCAUCUGCAGGUUAAGGCCCUUGAACGGCUGCGGCAUACGCUUUUUGAGGUGCAUGCAGACACCAUAUUGGAGGAACGUGUGGAGGAGCACGUCAGUUUUGGUUUGCAAGUGGGCCCUUUUCUUGAGGAGCUGAAAAAUUCACUUGUGGCCACACGCAAUACGAAUUCAGUUCUGCAUGACCGUUCUGAACAACUCACGGAGGAAUGUCAGUUGCUACAAGAAAUAAUGCCAAAACACGAUGAGCUCUGCAAAUGUCUUCUUCAGUUUGCGAAUCGCAUGCGAAUAAUGCGGGAGGCGUAUGCGUGUUACCGGGCCGCAGCACUUUCCCGUGUGACUUACUUGGCUUCUUCGUCGGAUAUUUUGACGGAGGCGGCGCGCCGCAAAGAAGAUUUUGAGAGUUGCGUCGAGGAAAUUCAAGCGUGGGUGGAUCAUAAGGCGAAGGAUGAUUCCUGGCGCGAUGUCCGGGAGAAGGUGCGUGGCAUCAAGGCACUGCUGGAACGAGAGCAACAAUUCUUGGAUCAGGAUCGAAAAGAGACAGAAAGCGAAGAGGGGGCGAAAAAAAGAGAGCAAACAAACGUUUUGUGA